AAGAGAAGUCUAGAUGGUUUUUGUUAGUAAAGUACUAUUGAGGCAGCCCAUUAAACUUGCAGUAUUUGGUUCUGGUCCAUCUGCUUUUUAUCUCUCACAAAGGCUCCUUAAUCAGCUAGACAAGGGUGUAGAUGACAGUAUACACAUGUAUGAGAGAUUACCCGUACCAUUUGGGUUAGUUAGAUAUGGUGUAGCACCUGAUCACCCAGAUGUUAAGAAUUGUAUAAAUUCAUUCUCUAGAGCCGCAGAAGAUAGUAGAUUCCAAUUCUUUGGCGGUAUAAGUGUGGGAAGCCAUAGAAAGAUAGAAGAGCAUCCAAAAAUAUUAAAUGUUCCAUUAGAAGAUAUCGCUAAACAUUAUACACAUUUAGCUUUCAGUUAUGGCGCUUCUCGGCCCACACACCUCGCGAAUGUUAAAGGAUCAUCUGGUUCAUCUGAUAAGCUAUCUAGUGGUGUUUAUUCAGCAUCUGAAUUCGUCGGCUGGUAUAAUGGUCAUCCAGAUUAUAUGCAUCUCCAUGAUAAGAUAGUCAGCGAUUUGAAAAGAGCAAAAAAGGUAGCUAUAAUUGGACAAGGAAAUGUCGGUUUAGAUAUAGCAAGGAUGUUAGUCACAACAGACUAUUCGAAGUUAUCAACAACAGAUAUACCAAUUGGUGUGCUUGACGCACUUAAGAAUAGCACAGUAAAACAUGUCGAUUUAAUCGGCAGAAGAGGUCUCAGUCAGGUUGCAUUCACUGCCAAGGAAACACGAGAGAUGAUGCAUCUCCCUCACGUAGCUAUGAAGAGCGUCGAUAGUAACACAAUGGAUGAAGUUAUGAAAGAAGGUGACGCAUCUGGAGAUAAAGAGUGGAGAGCAAAAAAGCGCAUACUUGGUCUGCUUAGAGAUGGCAGCGAAUGCAAACUCGAAGACGCUGAUCGCUCUUGGGCACUCAAGUUCCUUCUUUCUCCAGCAGAAUAUAUUGGCAAGAAUGACACCCUUAGCAGCAUCAAAUUUGGCGUAAACAAGCUGACUAAGAGUGCGCCAUCUACGGAGGUUCUCGGCUCUAAGCCUGCUACUCAAUCUCCACCUCGCAUUCUUGCAACACCAACUGACCAAAGUUAUGAAGAAGAUUAUGAUUUGGUUAUCGAGAGUAUUGGAUAUAGAUCAGAGCAAUUGGGUGAUAUACCAUUCGAUAGUAGGAAGGGUGUAAUUCUCAACACCGGCGGCAGAGUGAUCGACGAAAACGGUAUAAAUAUUCCAAACGUAUAUUCCACAGGCUGGGCAAGUAGAGGACCAGUCGGCGUAAUCGCAUCCACAAUGUACGAUUCAUAUAGUGUUGCAGACACCAUUCUUCAGGAUAUUCACAACGGAGAUGAUCCAGCUCCAUCCACUGAACUCAACUGGGCUCCAUCAAUCAAGUCACCAAAGGAAGGUGUACCACCCGUAGUCGACCAAGGUGCUAUUAAAUGGGAAGAUUGGAGACGUAUCAAUGAUGCUGAAGUUGCAAAUGGUAAGCAGUUGGACAAAAUUAGGGAAAAAUUUUUGUCUAUAGAUGAAAUGUUCAAUGUAUUAAAGAAAUAAAACUGUAUAUAUUUUCAUCAUAAUC